GCUGAAGAGACGUCACUCACCCUAGAAAGUUAAAGCCCCUUACAGCUGGAACCUAAAGAUGAACAUCUAGAACACCAGAUCCAGUGAGAAGGGAGUGUUUAUAAAUACUGCAUGUGCUUGCUUCAGAAAAAGCCUGCUACGCAGCAGCUACAGCAUAACAACAUGGUUCUCAGUGGAACUCUCAGUGCAGUCCUGCUCUGUUCUCUCUCUCUCUGUCUGAGAGGAACCGAAACUGUAGAUGUGGACCAGAAUGCUCUGGCUCGCAUCAUCAGUAAACUUCAGAAAGAGUACUGUCCAAAGCAAGGAGAUCAGUUUGCAGUGGCCAUCAAUGUCCCAGCUCGUUACUGCAGUGCAGGCUCUAAUCUCGAUGACGGCAGUUUCCUUAAAAAUGACAAACCAGAUGCUGCGAAAAGGGACAUGAACGGUGUUAACAAGCUGUAUCAAGGAAAGGAGCUGAUUGGUGCGUCGCGAAAAUCAGGCAACAAAAAAGGGUUCUUCCACUCAGAGUACCUUCUCCUCAGGGAACCAGAUCCAGAACACUCCCCCAUGAAGAACCUCCUGAACAAAAACAAAGACGGCUGUGUGAUCUUCUACACCUACAACUCCCCCUGUAUCGGUACCUGCUUAUACGAGGAAGGAGAUAGUAACAUUCUCGAUGCACUUUAUAUUUUUACUGGGCACCAAGGACCAAAAGCUUUUGUCUACAACCGGAUAUUUAAGCGUGAUAGGACUAACUAUGAUCUAAAGGAAUACCUAAAAAAAAUAAACGAAGUGCCGCUCUAUCGUUGUUAUCCUGUCCAUAAACCUGACCAUUCCCCUAUGCCCGGCCAUUCCCGUGAUCGUGACCGUUCCCCUCAGCCUGGCCAUUCCCAUGAUCGUGACCGUUCCCGUAGCCCUCUGUCCCGUAGCUCUGACAGUGACCCUUAUGAGUGUCAUGCUUGCAUCCGUUUAGGCGAAGUAGCUGAACAGUGUAUCGAUAUAAACGUAUAAUCUGGAGAGGAUGAUUAACGUCUCCUACUGUGCUUAAACCCUGAAACUCAACAGAUAUUUACACUAAGAGCAUUUACACUUUACACUUAGAGCAUUUACACUUAGACCAUUUACACUUUACACUUAUUUAGUUAAAUGUGUUGAAGUCAAUCAGAAAAACUGUAGUGAUCAUUACUGAUAAAUAAAGUCCUGAAAAAGCAUCAA